UCGGCGGUGGUGCUACUGCUGCUUCUGCUGUUUGCUGUUGUUGUCGUCGUUUUUAUCCGAGCCGUCGUCGCCACAUACAUAUAUCCCAUACACACAUCAACAGAGAGUGAAUAAAACGCGGACAUCAGUGUUUUCUAGUCACAGUUCACCGGUUGCUUUCUGAGUACUAACAACCCAGCGCGCUAUACAGCUCCUUUCAAUCUACACAAUUCACCAGAGUGCCGUUUGUGCUUGCAUUGUUCAGUUAAGAGCAAAAAAAGAAGAAAAAUAAUCAGCACCGACCGAAAAAAAAAAUUUAAUUGAAAAAAAAGUCUUUGUUUUUUUUUUCUUCUAAUUGUUCACUUUGUGUUUUAAACAACCAGUGUGUCUUCUGUUCGCGAGAAGAAAUAACGUGCAGAAAUAAAUUUCCCAACUUUGGCAAAGAGUUACAACUUUUUAGCAACAAACAACCAAAAUGAAGAAAAUUUGUGUUUUGUUCUCAAUUAUAACGAUUGCCACCGCAUCGUUAAACACUGAAACCGAUAAUUUGCUAUCAACUGCGCUUAAAUUCGUUCGCGAUUGUGGAGAUAAAUCAAUGUUACUUUGUGCUAAAGAACGCGCCCUGCACUAUGUGGACAACAUCAACGGUGACGUGAAAGUCGGCGAAGGCAUCGCACUCAUCCAAACGGAAUCAUUGCCACAGGGAGGACGCUCAUUGAAUGACAUCGAACUGUCGGAAAAUGGUGAAGCUCGGGAAGGACAAGUUGACUCAUUGUUGGCCGAUCGUAUUGCUCGCUUCUUGGGCACACACACUCUCCAAUUCAAAGUACCGAAAGACUCAAUCGAAGAUAUGCAACGAUCACUCGACGAAGCUCGUGGUAAAGGAAAGAAGACAAAGAAACUUUUGUUGCCAUUGUUGUUGUUGUUCAAAUUGAAGGCUGCCGCCCUUCUGCCAUUGGUUCUAGGUUUCUUGGCAUUGAUUGCAUUCAAGGCUUUGGUCAUUGGUAAAUUGGCUCUGUUGUUGAGUGGUAUCAUUGGAUUGAAGAAGCUGUUCGAAUCGAAGCACGCUUCACAAAACUACGAAGUCGUCGCUCAUCCACACACCUCGUUCGAUGAACACGGUCACUAUGGACGUGCUAUGAACGAUGCACACAAUAUGGCUUACUCAGCUCACCAACAAUAAGGAGGACACAACGAGGAACACAACAAACAACAUUUCCUUCUUUCUUUUUUUUAAUGAGAGAGAGAGAAAAAACGACAAAAAAAACAAAUUAACAAUUUUCAGCAAAUUGACAAAGCAGUUUAUCGAUCGUAAUUAGAACAAAUCACCCAUUCACACCAAGCAAACACUUAAUUUAUUUAAAUGAAACAACAACGACAACGAAAUCAAACAACAAAAAAAAAAUACUUUUAGCGAUCCAACUUAUUUACAUUACGAGGAUUUACACAAACAGAGAAACAUACAAACAUUUUUUCAGGCAUCGAUACAAAAGAAAACUCUGUCACACAUACAAACAUACACAACACCAACACACCAUGAACAACACAAACAACAGAAUCCAACAGACAGACACACAUACACAACAUAUACACUCAAACAUUCACAAACACACACAAAAACUAUUUAACAUUUUUCUACCCAUUUCCAAUGGGAUAGAGAGACAAACAAACAAAAUCGUGUAGAAAAAUAGGUGUAGAAGCCAACGGGUUUUUCCCUCAGAUAAGAGAACAAAUCACCUCUUUUAGAUGAAAAAAAUAAAUACCGGUUGGCCGCGCGCUUCACAACAACUCUUAACUCAUAUAUUUUAAAUGACACACACGAUUCGAAAUCAAUCGCGUGCAUAAAAAUCGUUUCUUCUAUGUGCAUAAAAAAAUCUCAAUUUGAAAUGAACGACAACAAAAAAGGCAUUCACAUUAUUCUAGUUACAGACGCUAUUCGGUCGUUAAUAUACUUGGACAGUUUUUACGAGAAAAAAAAAACAAACAUACAAAAAUUUGCAGACAAAAAAAAAAACGUAAUUGACAGCACAUCGAAAAUCGAUAAUUCGAUGCCAUAAAAUAGACUUGUGUAAUUUACAAUCGAGAAAUGACGUUUCGGCUUUUCGCUCGAUGCACUCAAAUUUAACUUUCAUUCAAUUUCAUUCAUUUUAACAUUUAUUUAUUUAAUUUAUUAACUUAUUUUUAUUAUUAUUUAUUGAAUAAUUUAUUGUAAAAACAAAACUCCACACAAAACAAUUUGUACGGUAUUCCGGAAAACCGCUUUUUUCAUGUGUCCCACAUUUCGAAUAUAUAAUAUCAAAUCGCCUCCAUAGAAGUAUUGUGAAUGGUUUUUUUCUCUUUAACGGAAAACUCUUUGGACAAAAGUUUUUUUUUUUUAAUUUUUAUGCCAAUUUUACUUUUUAGUGAUAAACCAAUAACUGAAAUAUCAAUAUAAAGAAAAACCACAAUCGGCAAUAAGUUUUAAGUAAUUUAUUUUAAAAUAAUGAGUACAGUAUCGAAUCGACAGUAUAUGGCAACUCAACAGAUUAACAAAAUAAUGGCACAAAUUCGAGAAAAAAAACCACCACCAACAACAACUACAGAAAAUUUUCUACCAAUUUCCUACGUUCUGCUUAUUUGCUUUUGUUCUGUCCAACUUUAAUUUUAUUUUUUUCGUAGCAAUGAUCAAUUGGAAAAAAUAUCGUUUCGGUUCUGCAAAAGAGGAAAAUUAUGUUUGAUUUUACGAGAAAACUGUUUGUUAAAUGUUCAUAAGUAAACCAAAAAAUAGACUGCCAAAUUCAUUAAAUAAUA